CAGGUGUUAUAUUUAUUUAUUAAUUUCACACAAAAUCUCUCUUUUUGUUAUUAUCAUUUGUUAUAUUUAUAUAAUUAUUUUGUAUUCUGGAAAUUCUUUUAAUAUUGAUUUCUUUUAUUUGAGAUGUCAUGUUUCUAUGGUUAUAUGGUACUUUUUCAGUAUUGUUAAAAAUGGCGCGUGGCUCCUUUAAGACUUAUGUUCCGGUUCCGGUUGCUCUCCUUCAGUUCGCGGUAAGCGCGACUGAAGAGAGGUUAGUUGUGCUGAAGCUCCGUCUAAAAAGUUUGAUAUGGGUUUUUUUUAUUGUAAUAAGACAUGUAAUUUUGUUCUUAAAUUCACUUUAAUCUUAUUCAAACAUGUAUGAAGUUUGUGUGACUGAUAUGGAGCAUGUAUUUUUGGAGAGAGUUCAUUAAGCAUGAGUGUGCAAGCUCUGUGGCUAAAAUAAUGCUUUUCACGGACAGGCUGGUGUUCCAGUUGUGAGAGAAGGCCACAGGUUGAUUAAUUUGUUUCUUUAUUCAUGCAGAAUAAAAUCUGGCCAGAGUAAUUCCUGUUGCCCGGUCUUGUUCAUUUAUCCACACAACGCAGAGCUAAACGAAGGCCGGUCACAUUGGUGCCGUGACUUUUAUUUGAUGCAAGUCAUCGUGGAUCCUCCUUGAUCAACGUCAGCUUGGUCGCUGGGGUUUGCUGCAUUCAAACGUCCUAAUUCUGCCUGUACCUGUGUGUAAGAAAAAAAAAAAGGUUGGACAUUAGACUGUACAUAAUUCAGAAAAAAGGUUGAAAGUUCAUAUUUACAGAAGAGAGAAAAGAAAAAGAAAAGGUUGAAUUUGUAAUACCAUUUUGUUUGAUUAUUUGGUUGCUAUGAUCAUUAUCUGUUCUAAUUUACUUUUGUUGAUCUGUAAAACUCAAAAUGUCAAAAAAUAGUGAGAAGACAAGUUACUCUCCUAAUGAUGGGUUUGAAUUGGGUUUUGCCAGGGGGCGUAUCUUUGGUGAACUUGAACAGACACCACUCAGAAGGACAGUUAAUAUUGGUUCUCCUGAUUUCUGUUCUACCCGUAACCCCGGUAGAGUACAUAAUACUGAAUCAGAAAAGUGUGAAGGUGCUGCUUCAGACAACCGAGACUACAGUAACACUGACUUAAGUAGUUUAAUCACACAGCUUGCUCAACAAAUAGGGCAGUCAAUAUCUGAUCAGCUGAAAAAAAGCAGUGAAAAAAAUGAGUGUCCUGAUAUUCAAACGCAGAGCAUAGGGACGAGCCAGGUUCUCGUGGAGUCACCUUCUCUAAAUUUGACUGGUAUGAAGUUGGUGAUGAAGCCUGAUGUUAAGGCACCUCCCUGUUUCAGAGGGGAUGGAUCUGACAAAUUAUCAGUACACGAAUGGGAAGAAUUCAUGGAUGUUUAUUUGAGGAAGAAAGGUGUUCCUUUAGCUGAACAAGCCGAUGAGAUCAUGUCGAACUUAAUGGGGAGAGCUAAAGAUGUAAUCAAGAUAGCACUACGCAGCAAUCCAUCACUGAAGCCUAAAACAAACCCAAGGAUUGUCACAGACAUACUCAAACAGCACUUCAGCGAAUUGUCAUAUUCAUCUAUGCCGCUUGCUGACUUCUAUGGCACUUUACCUGUAGCAGGAGAGAAUGCAAUGGAAUAUUGGAUUCGGCUUAAUAAAGCUGUUGAUGUAGCUGACGAGUGUUUGAGAAGACAGGGCAGAAGUAUUGAAGAUCCUACCCGUGAGGUGACACAAAUGUUUGUUAAGCAUUGCCCUGACCAAUCUCUUUCUGCUAUCUUGAAGUUCAAGUCUGCUGAUAGGUGGACGGCGGCUGAAAUACAAGAACGUCUUGAUGAAUAUCAAGCUGAGAAAAGAGCACAAAUGAAGGCACAGUCUAACCAUUCUGCCUUUACGAAGACUGUAGCUACCAAUGCCCAAAUGUCAAAUUUAGAUGAUGGAACAUCUGGGAAUGUGCCGAAAGUAUCAGCAGGUCAAGGUGGGCUGUCAGUUACACCAUCAGUUCAGACAAGUGACAGCUGUACUCAGUCCCUUAUCAGUUUGCUCGAUCGUGUGCUGAAGCAUAACAUGCAAACCCCCUCUGUACCUGUAGAUUCAUUUAGGCAUGGGAAUGCGAGCAGGAAGUUUUGCAAAGUGUGCAGAGGCAUGGACCAUUCUACAGUUGCACAUUGUAGAAGAGAUGGUUUAUGCUUGUUUUGUUUUGAACAUGGACACAGAAAAAGAGAGUGUCCGAAGUGGAGUAGUCAUGACAGUCUGGAGGUAAACUACUCGCCACGAGGAGCUGGUCCUUUAAACCAUUAGACCCACAUUUGGAGAGGGGAUGUGUGGGUGAGGAUCAAACCCUCAUAAGUGAUCUGGAACAGCAGUAUGAGAAUGCAUGUCAUACAGCAUCUGAUGGUACUUGCGUGAUAUACGCACAAAACAUGCAGAAAAUAAAGGCUUUUGAUGAUCUUUUCUAUACUUCUGUGAUUGUAAAUGACCAGUUCCACAUGAGAGGAAUGCUUGACACUGGCUCUAUGUCUUGUACUCUUAGUGAGACAGCUGAACAAAAGUUGUUGGCUGAAAAUGUUGUCUUGGACAAAAGAUCACUACCUGAGAAUAUCAUUCUUGUCGGUGUUGGGGGUAAGACCGCACAGCCAAAAUGUUUGUACGAAGUUAGUAUGAAAGUGUAUGGCAUCAGCUGUCGAGUUCCAAUUCUUGUUGUUCCAGGACAACAUGAUGAUUUAAUUCUUGGCACCAACUUGAUCAAGCAUAUUGUGAAUCAAAUGAAGAACACAGAUGAGUAUUGGGACUUCAUAUCGCAAAGCGCUACACAGUUAUCACCGGAUGGUGAACACUUUUUGGAUGUGAUGUCAAAUCUCACUCGCUGGCGACAUGAUGAGAUCCCUAGCAAAAUCGGAACAAUAAAGCUUCAUCAUGCUGUCACUCUUGCUGCUAGACAAGAACAUUUAGUGUGGGGAAGACUGCCCAGCGACACUUUAUUGUCCCUCGGGAGUACCAUUCUUGUUGAACCAACUACCUCCAAGACUAUGCCAAGAAACAUCAUGGUAGCUCGUGUGAUAACAUCUAUGUGGGGUGAUAGGUGGGUACCUAUGAAAAUAACCAAUUUGUCAGACCAACCUGUCACGCUAAGGAAGAAUCGGAAAUUGGCAGAUGUUUCACCUUGUUUGGCUGUUGAAGAUUUCCCAGUUUUGCAGGGCACUGGAAAGAUAAAGGAGGUUAGUUCAGAGAUGCAAGCUUCUCCAAAUUAUACUUCAAAUUUGAGACUGCAAGAUGUUGGGUUAAGUGAAAUUGACAUUGAUCUCUGCAAAGUUACUGAUGCAUCCAAAGAGAAACUUGUACAGUUAUUGGUGAAUUACAAUGAUGUGUUUUCAAAGCAUCCCUUAGACUGUGGUGAGGCUAAGGAGUUUGAACACCGUAUCCGACUUACAGAUGAGAGGCCUUUCCGGUUGCCAUAUCGGAGGAUCCCUCCUGCUCAUUACCAGAAGCUGCGUCAGGUGUUAACUGAGAUGGAGGAGCAAGGGAUAAUUAGAAAAUCGGUAAGCGAAUAUGCAUCGCCUUUGGUGCUUGUGUGGAAAAAGGAUGGAAGCCUCCGCAUCUGUACGGACUUCAGGUGGCUUAAUGCGAGGACACUCAAGGAUGCUCACCCACUCCCUCAUCAGUCCGACUGUCUCGCUGCUUUAGGAGGUAACAAUUACUUCAGCACCUUGGACUUAACCUCCGGAUUCUACAAUUUGCCUAUGCAUGAACAAGACAAAAAAUACACCGCGUUCAUUACUCCUAUGGGACUACAUGAGUAUAACCGCAUGCCACAAGGCUUGUGCAACAGCCCAGCUUCGUUCAUGCGGAUGAUGCUUAGCAUUUUUGGGGAUAUGAACUUUAGCAGUCUGCUCUGCUAUUUGGAUGAUUUACUUGUGUUUGCACCCACGGAGCAAGAGGCUUUAAGCAGGUUGGAAAUGGUUUUUCAGCGGCUUAGGUUAUAUCACCUGAAACUGAGUCCCAAAAAAUGUCAUUUCUUGCGUGAUUCAGUGAGAUUCUUGGGUCAUAUUAUUUCUGGCCAUGGCAUCUCAGUGGACUUCACGAAGGUGGAUGUUAUAUCCAAAAUGUCCAAGUUGCAACUUAUGGAGGAAGAUGGUUGCACUCCAUCAGCGCGAAGAAUCAAGUCAUUUCUAGGAAUGAUUUUCUACUAUCAACACUUCAUCCAUAAUUGUUCUUCGAUCGCCAAGCCUCUCUUUGCUCUAACUGCGGGUCAGAAGAGACGAGGUAAAGAGAAAGUUAGGAAGCCUGUUGGCACAUUCAGAAAGCUGAAUCCAAGUGAUUGGACGGAGGACUGUGACAUUGCUUUCAAUACACUCAAAGAGAGGUUGUCGAACUGUGCUGUGCUAGCACAUCCUGAUUUCUCUAGGCCUUUGAUUCUCUCAAUUGACGCAUCUUUAGAUGGGUUAGGUGCUGUGCUAUCCCAAGUUCCAGCAGGGGAAGAAAUAGCUCGGCCUAUUGCCUUCGCCAGCAAGACCCUAACCGUGUCACAGAGGAAGUACCCUGCGCACAGGCUCGAGUUUUUGGCUUUGAAAUGGAGUGUGUGCGAAAAGUUCAGCCACUGGCUCAAGGGGCACAGCUUCACAGUUUGGACUGACAACAAUCCACUUACACACAUUAUGACUAAGCCAAAACUCGAUGCCUGUGAACAAAGGUGGGUUUCAAAAUUAGCCUCUUAUUCUUUUGACAUAAAACAUAUUGCAGGAGUCAAGAACAUUGUGGCUGAUACCUUAAGCAGAGAUCCAUUUGCAAGGUCAAUUAGUCAUAGGCUCAUGAAUGAGAGUUACAACCGCUUACUUAACGAAGUUGAUGCUGUAGGAGAAGAAGGAAUACAGGAUGUGUUUCGUCUGAAGGUUGAGUGUCACAAGAUGAGUGAUCAGCCUGGAUGUCAGUCAAGUUGUCAUGUGCAGUCAUGUGAUCCAGUAACCGUCAAGACACUUUGCCAUGUCCAAGAUGAUUGGGAAAUGGCGACAGUGACGCGAGCAGUUCAGCUGGUGCAGUUAGUUCAGCAGAUUGCAGCUACUAGCCAAGGUGAACAGCCUCUACCCAUGUUCUCUCAUGAUGAGUUGGAAAGAAGUCAAGAGCUCGACCUUACCAUUUCCAAGGUUCUCCCUUUUGUACUUCGUAAAAGACGCCCUUCAAGAAGAGAGAAAGAAAAGCUCGACUACAGAGCUUUAGCCCUUGUCAAGCAAUGGGAUCACCUAAAAGUGUGUGAUGGGAUUCUGUACAGGUUAACUAAGGACCCAAUAAGCAGACAGAGAAGACAUCAGUAUGUUCUGCCUCAUAGCAUGGUAGAAAAAGUUCUACACGGUCUUCACGAUCUUGCCGGUCACCAAGGACAGGCUAGAACAGUUCAUUUGGCAAGACAGCGCUUCUUCUGGCCCAAGAUGGAGAGCGAGAUCAGAGAAUAUGUGAAGUGUUGCAAGAGGUGUAUUCUGGCAAAAACACCUGAGCCAGCUGCUCGAGCUCCAUUGGAAAGUAUUCAAACUUCUGCACCUAUGGAGUUGGUUUGUCUUGACUUUUGGAGUGCAGAGGAUAACAAGCAGCGUUCAGUGGAUGUGUUGGUCUUGACAGAUCAUUUCACUAAACUCGCUCAUGCCUUUCCUUGCAUUAACCAAACGGCAAAGCAAGUUGCUCGAAAGUUAUGGGAUCAUGUGUUCUGCGUGUAUGGGUUCCCUGAGCGGAUCCAUACGGAUCAAGGCACAAAUUUUGAGAGUGAGCUUAUUGCUGAAUUGCUAGCACUUUCUGGGGUUUCCAAAUCUCGUACAACUGCCUAUCAUCCUAUGGGAAAUGGCAUCACAGAGCGGUUCAACCGAACAUUAGGAAAUAUGCUUCGCUCCUUACCCCUGAGAUCUAAGGAUAAGUGGCCACAACAAAUUCAGACUCUGACCUUCGCUUACAACUCAACAAUACAUGAGACGACUGGUUACGCACCUUUCCAACUCAUGUUUGGACCUGUCCCACGAUUACCUGUGGACAUAAUGUUCAAGCAAGUAUCGAAGGAUCCGGUGAUUGUUGAUUAUAGCAGCUAUGUUGCAACUUUAAUGUCUCACCUUCACGAAGCAGCUGAAAUUGCUCAAAAACAUGCUGUACAAGAACAGAGGAAACAGACCAAGAUUUAUAACCGCAAGAUCAAGGGAGUACAUUUGAGCAAUGGAGAUAGAGUGCUCAUUGCCAAUAAAGGAGAAAGAGGAAAAAGGAAGUUGGCAGAUAGAUGGGAACCUACUGUGUACACCAUUGUGGAUAAUGAUCCCCAGACACACAUAUACAAAGUGAAGGAUGACAAAGGGCACACUAAAGUGGUACAUCGGAACAUGCUCUUAGACAUUAGUUUCUUACCAGUGAUAUGUCCUGAGGAUGAAACAUGUGGAUCAACGGUUGCCGAUUGCUCAAAUGAUUUUGAGUGUGAGAGCCGAUCAACAAAUUCCACUGAUUCCUUGGAGGAUGAAGAUCCUGAAAACAAAACACAUUCAUUAGUAUUAAAUGAGGAUGUUUCAAAGAGUUCAAAACCUUUUGAUGUACAAAUGGAACAGGAGGAAGAUGAAGGUGAUGACACUUACUGUGUUAAUUCUGGUCAAGACAGUCAAAACCAGAUGCUCCCUGAUAAAACAUUGAACACAGGAAAUUCUGAUUGUGACAAUGCAUCAUUGGCAACAUCUGAUUUGACCAAUUCAGGUAUUACUGACUCUGAUUUACCUGUCUGUGAUGAUGCGUCAAUGCCAGGUCCUGAACAAGGCACAAUUACAACACGGGCUGGUAGAGUAGUAAAAAAAGUCAACCGUUUGAUUGAGACUAUGGCCCAAAAGCCAUUUAAAAUGGCAAACUUGUCAAACAGAUUCCAGAAAAAGUCACAGUCCCUUUUAAGCCUAUUCUAAAUUUCGUGAUUGCGUAGGAAGUUUACUUUCUAUUUCUUUUUCUUUUUGGGAUCAAUUUUUCAUUAAGUGAUAUAAGAAUAAUGUGAGUGAGGAUUUGUUGCAAAGGUUAAGUGUGGUAUGGUGUAUUUGGCAACAUACUUUACUAAGAGGUUUUGAGGCUUGAUCACCCUUAAAUUUCUCUGUAUCUGUCAAGACAGAUAGCUUUCAUUGCUGUAACUAUGGUAUUUUUGCAUUGAGAUUCUUUAGGAAAUUCUCGUUACUCAUGUAGAAUUUUGGUGAAAUUAGGGGAGGUGAAUGUAACAGGUGUUAUAUUUAUUUAUUAAUUUCACACAAAAUCUCUCUUUUUGUUAUUAUCAUUUGUUAUAUUUAUAUAAUUAUUUUGUAUUCUGGAAAUUCUUUUAAUAUUGAUUUCUUUUAUUUGAGAUGUCAUGUUUCUAUGGUUAUAUGGUACUUUUUCAGUAUUGUUAAAAAUGGCGCGUGGCUCCUUUAAGACUUAUGUUCCGGUUCCGGUUGCUCUCCUUCAGUUCGCGGUAAGCGCGACUGAAGAGAGGUUAGUUGUGCUGAAGCUCCGUCUAAAAAGUUUGAUAUGGGUUUUUUUUAUUGUAAUAAGACAUGUAAUUUUGUUCUUAAAUUCACUUUAAUCUUAUUCAAACAUGUAUGAAGUUUGUGUGACUGAUAUGGAGCAUGUAUUUUUGGAGAGAGUUCAUUAAGCAUGAGUGUGCAAGCUCUGUGGCUAAAAUAAUGCUUUUCACGGACAGGCUGGUGUUCCAGUUGUGAGAGAAGGCCACAGGUUGAUUAAUUUGUUUCUUUAUUCAUGCAGGUAUGUUCUCUUUCAUGCUUCUGAUAAUAUUGUUUUGAAUUUAUGUAAAAUGCUUUAUUUUAUUUAGUUUUAUUUUUCUAUUUUUUUAUGAAAUAUGUUGAACACAAUUGAUUUUGAUUUACAUGAAAAGUGUAAAAUGUGUUCAGUUCGCGGUAAGCGCGACUGAAGAGAGGCUGGUGUUCCAGUUGUGAGAGAAGGCCACAGAUUGAUUAAUUUGUUUUUUUAUUCAUGCAGAAUAAAAUCUGGCCAGAGUAAUUCCUGUUGCCCGGUCUUGUUCAUUUAUCCACACAACGCAGAGCUAAACGAAGGCCGGUC